UGCUGGGAUUACAGGCAUGAGCCACCUCACCUGACUGUACUUUUCUUAUUGUGUUUUCAUGGAAUAAUCUUACCAAUGUUUGAGUAGUAAAGUAAAAAUUUUAAAAUGCAAGUGCUAAUUUUUAUAUCUUUGUUAAAAAUGCAGCAUUCUUUAGUUUUAAGGGAAAAAAUGUAUGUCAGUUACUAACUCAAGCUAGUUUUUGUUCUCUUCAAACUUUCCGUCACACAUACAUGUAAGCUAUAACAUCAAAUAAGCAGCAUUUAUGUGAUAUCUAAAUAUUCCAUAUAGACUAUUUCUAUGUAUUUUUUUGGUUUUAUUUUAACCUUUAAAAUAAAUAAGCUUUUAUUUAUUUUACUUUUAUUAAAUAAGCUUUGAUCUCAGCUCUUCUCUGUUCCAUUUCCCCUACAGGCUACCACUACUCUCCCUUUCACAUACUCUUCCUGUUUUUGUCAUAAUUAUUUGCAGGAAUGACAAUCCCAACCCCUCCCCCAAAUUGCCGCAUUCAUAUCAUACAAACUUGGAUGACCAAGAUUUAAUGUAAAGUGAUCGUAUUGUAUAAUGGAUUUUCAACUCCUAGGUAGUAGAGAAGACAUCUCAGUCUGAAAAAGUGAAUGUAAGGGUAAAAUAUCUCCAAAAUGCUAUGUACUUUUAAAGAUGAUCAUCUUGAUGCUUUACCCUAUUUCAUCUAUUUGCAAUGGGUAUAUUUGUAAAUAUAAUUAUUGUCUUUAAAUUAUUUUCUAAGGAUAAAUUCCAGGUGUGGAAUUUAUAGAGCUAUUAAAAUAAUAUUUAGUGGCUUUUACUAUUGCCAAAUGUUUGAAUUAUUUACAAAGCUUUACAAAGCUAUAAGUGUGCAAGUAUCUGCUCAUUUUACCAAAAGCUAGCCAGAUUGUUGUAUUAAUAGUCGUAAAUCACGAUUAUAUUUGCUUUCUUAUUAACUUGAAAUGUCAAAGUUGAGGUGAAUUCUUGCUUUUCAACUUUACAAUUACGAUUCUUAUGUGUGUGUGAUAUUUAAAGAAAUGUGAAAAUCCCUUUUCACCCUUUUCAAUGUCUAGGGAGCCAGAUUUCUUUCCGUCUGUUAAUAUAUAAUACAAUUUCUCACAAAUAUGAAAGACCCGGUCUUCAGGUUCUCUAAAAUAAUUUACUGUGUCAAGUUUUGAUAAUAUUCCUAGCUCUCUGAAAAUGAUUGAAUCAAAUAAGUAUCUAUUUUUUUUUCUGCAAACACUACCCACCAGAACAAUUUCCGGUUGUUAAAUAGUAAAGUCACCAUUCCUUUGGUAAUGAAUAUUUAAAGGAACUCCCUUGGAAAUGAAUUUUGUAAUAGGUGAUUUUUUAUUCUGUUUUUACUCUAUGUGAUACUGAUCCUUGCACUGGAUUUCAGUUUGGCAAUAUGCUUUUUAAAACUGGGAGUCUUAAGGUGACUGGAUGUUAGCAUUUUUCACUAAGUUUUUUGGAUUUGAAAGUACCUUUUGAUAUUAUUUCUUGGUGAGGCUAAAAAAAUUGAUAAAUAGCUGACAAACCUCUGUAACCUACAGGUAGGCUAGAUCAAUGUUAUACAUUUCUAAUGUCAUAGUGUUGUUAAAGUAGAGAAUUUUGAAGAGUAGAAAAUCAUAGCUGUCAAAAUGCACAAAGAUGAACAUUCAGAAAGAAUUGCUGAAUCAUCAUUGCUUGGCAUAUAGAGUAGGCGUUCUCAUUUCUUUAAAGGUUAACACAUGAUUAUUACCCUUUAUUAUAUUCUAAACAUAUAUGUACAUUUUCUUUUCCUCAUAAAGGUUUUCUAACAUUUUAUUUGGACCGUGUGCAAUUCUUCUGACUUUUCUUAUUUAUCUCUCUAAUAGAAAUGGGAACAUUUUUGAAAAGAUGAGAAAACCAUACAGGAGAUAAAAGAUGAGUUAUAUACAUAGAAAAUGUCUCAUAAAUACCUGAAAUAUGUUAUACUUUCAAAAGCAGGCAUCAAAAGGGUAUAUAAAUGCUAUGAUCUAACUUUGUUAACAAAAAAUUAUAAAACUACAGCAAAUAACCAUGAAGAUUUAUAGAAAACAGGAUUAUAAGUAAAUACAGUAAUAUUUAACAGGGAUUACCUAAAAUGAUAUUAUAGGGAGAUUUUUAAAAACUUUUUUCUGCGUUUUCCAAAAUCUCCAACAAUGAAUAUAUAUUUAUAAUUAGGGAAAUGUGUUUUUGAAAGAAAAAAUAUUUCUCAUAUUACUGCCCCUUAAGUGGCAUAUCCAAAUUUUACAUUGAUGCAGUUGCAGUUAAGUCUUGUAAGGAACAUGAGUAUGUACUGUCUGUAACCUGAUACUUUGUUCUAGCUUUCCUGCAGCACCACAGUUCUUUAAAUAGGGAUCCUGUGGGGCGGCUGCGGGGGACGGGGGUUGAGGGGUGGCAGGGACCUCAUUCAGUUUUAGUUUAGUUGAAGUAACUAAGUUCAGAUACUAAAAUUUCAAAAAUAAGUAUUUGUUUGCCAGAACUAUGAACUCAUGUAUACUAGAAAUAACUAGUUAGCUAAAAUCAUGUUUAAGUCCUUUACUUAUUUUAAAAUAAUGCAUUUGAAUUUUAUUAUAGAUACUCCCUUAACAAUGUGAAACUAGUACACAAACUUUCUGGCGUUUCUGAUUGAUAGACCCCAGGAAUUUUGAAGACAACGUAAAUUACUUGGAAAUCUUAAUUUAAACAACCUGCAUUUUAGUAUUAUAUACUUAACAAACAAAUAGCUUAAAAUUAAAAAAUACCUAAAAUAGAAUUGUCGUUCCUUUUAUCUGUAUAUUAACUUUAACUUCUUUUAACAUAGGGUGUUUAAUGACUGUGAUGAUUUUCACCUAGUAUGGAGUACAUAAAUAUAUAGUUGUGACAUUCUGUGUUGAAAUAUUGGCAUGUUAACCCAUUUGUCCUGUUUAAUUAGGAAAUAAAGAUGGUAGAGCCAGUCGGAAAAUGAAUAGUUAAUCGUGGAGGAGGAGAAAACAUAGCUCAGUACUUUGACUAGAGGCAGCUGGGAAAGUGACGUCCUGUAGCAUUUGCUGUUCUAGAAAGUACAGAGACACGUAGUGAAAAUGGGAGGAUCUAGAAGGAGGCUGUCUCCUGUGUAGUGUAUAUUUAUCUGUAAGUGAGCCGUUGGGGAAGGAUUGAAUACAGAGACGCUGUCUGCUUGCUGCCUUAAGACAGCUAGCUGAAUUGCUGAUUAACUUUUAAAAUACCCAGCUUGGUUUAUUUUUCUUAGAAUCUGUUGCUAAGACUGGGGACGCUGUUUUCUUUUACAAAGGGAAAUCUAAGUUAAUUUCAAGGCAUUCGAAAUGGGGAAAGACUAUUAUUGCAUUUUGGGAAUUGAGAAAGGAGCUUCAGAUGAAGAUAUUAAAAAGGCUUACCGAAAACAAGCCCUCAAAUUUCAUCCGGACAAGAACAAAUCUCCUCAGGCAGAGGAAAAAUUUAAAGAGGUCGCAGAAGCUUAUGAAGUAUUGAGUGAUCCUAAAAAGAGAGAAAUAUAUGAUCAGUUUGGGGAGGAAGGGUUGAAAGGAGGAGCAGGAGGUACUGAUGGACAAGGAGGUACCUUCCGGUACACCUUUCAUGGCGAUCCUCAUGCUACAUUUGCUGCAUUUUUCGGAGGGUCCAACCCCUUUGAAAUUUUCUUUGGAAGACGAAUGGGUGGUGGUAGAGAUUCUGAAGAAAUGGAAAUAGAUGGUGAUCCUUUUAGUGCCUUUGGUUUCAGCAUGAAUGGAUAUCCAAGAGACAGGAAUUCUGUGGGGCCAUCCCGCCUCAAACAAGAUCCUCCAGUUAUUCAUGAACUUAGAGUAUCACUUGAAGAGAUAUAUAGUGGUUGUACCAAACGGAUGAAGAUUUCUCGAAAAAGGCUAAACGCUGAUGGAAGGAGUUACAGAUCUGAGGACAAAAUUCUUACCAUUGAGAUUAAAAAAGGGUGGAAAGAAGGCACCAAAAUUACUUUUCCAAGAGAAGGAGAUGAAACACCAAAUAGUAUUCCAGCAGACAUUGUUUUUAUCAUUAAAGACAAAGAUCAUCCAAAAUUUAAAAGGGAUGGAUCAAAUAUAAUUUAUACUGCUAAAAUUAGUUUACGAGAGGCAUUGUGUGGCUGCUCAAUUAAUGUACCAACACUGGAUGGAAGAAACAUACCUAUGUCAGUAAAUGAUAUUGUGAAACCCGGAAUGAGGAGAAGAAUUAUUGGAUAUGGGCUGCCAUUUCCAAAAAAUCCUGACCAACGUGGUGACCUUCUAAUAGAAUUUGAGGUGUCCUUCCCAGAUACUAUAUCUUCUUCAUCCAAAGAAGUACUUAGGAAACAUCUUCCUGCCUCAUAGAAUGAAGAACUUUGUUACACAUAUUUUGAUAAGGCACUGAAAAUAUAAAAGGACUGGCAGUUUACUGAUGUAGAUGUGAAUUCUGUAUAAAGAUAUGUAAAUUCUUUUGAGGGUUCAUUAAAUUGCAUGAAUAGAGACGGGUCAAAUAAAUAGGCAAAAGGGAUUUUUACAGUUAGAGAUAAAAGAGAAAACCAUUCACUGUAUUUUAUUUCAUUUCUCCUGAUUCAGAUAUUUUUAGUAAUUUGCUUAUAUGUAAAAGUUGUUUUUGUGGAGUCAGUGGAUAUAUUUCUAAUAAAGUGCUAGACUAUCCAAUUACUUAAUUUCUUAUACCUUUAGAUAAUCAGUAUGAAAAGUUCCCAUUUAUAAUGGAAAUGAAAAUUCUUAACUAAACUAUACAUGUAAUAUGUAUUUCUAGAAGAGAAUAAAAACCCAAGUCAGUUAUUAGAUUUAAAUCACCUUCUGAAAUGCUGCUAUAGGGCUGGUAUCUGUAAAAGAAUAUCCUGAUGCAUCUGUUUCACCAUUUUGAUUUUUAAAGUAUGCUGUAGCAUUUCUUAAUAACAUCAUUGUGAUGUUCUUAAGGCAGAUCUUUCUUCAUAAAAAGGAAAGUAAUGGCAAUUUCUCUCCUGUGGAAAUCCCAAUUGCUUGAAUUACUGAUAUUUUAGAAUAGACUUUUUAAAAUGCCAUAUGUAAUUUUAUGCAAGUUGACUAUAUAUCUUGUACUUAAUAAAUUAUAGGCUCAUUUUGUUCUCUGCUAGUUUAAAGUAAUUCGUUUAAUAAUAGAUGUGUUUUUAGAGGAAAUGCUGUUACUUGGAAUUAAUUUUCCAGUUAUACAGUCUUCUAUAACUUACUAAUAAUAUUCUAUAUGUACUUUAUGUAAUUUCCCUAAAAAGAAUGAACUACCACUACACACUAUGGUGUUAAACCAAAAUAUAGGGAAAAUAAACACUAACUGCUGCUUAUGGAUAAUGUUGCAACUACUUGUUAUGCAUAUAAAUAUUUUACUUUUUCACAUGUAUAGAUUGCAUUUCUUAGGUGUUUUAAUUUUUUAAAUAUAUUUAUGUUUUUAAAAUUUAGUUUUGUUUUCUGUUUUAUAACUAUAGUGAGAAUGAUGUUUUGAAACAAAAUUUUUGGUUACAAAAUAGUUUUCAGGAUUAUAUAUAUAUAUAUAUAUAUAUAUACUGGAUCCUAUCACCUUUUAGUAGAAUAUGAAAUAUUCUUUUAGAAAUCCAAUAUAAAUAGGUUAUAAUAGCCAUAUUCUUUAUUACUUUAUUGAGAUAUAAUUUACAUGCCAUAAAGUUUACCCUUAAAAUAUAUAAUUCAGUGGUUUUUAGUGAUAUAUACAAAGUGGUACAAUCAUCAUCACUUUCUAAUUCCAGAAUAUUUUCAUCACCCCAAAAAGAAAUCCUAAAUCCAUUAGCAGUUACUUCCCAUUCUUCCCUUCCUCCAGCCCCUGAAAACACUACCAUCUACUUUUCAUCUGUAUGGAUUUGUCUGUUCUGGACAUUUCACAUAAAUAGACUCAAACAAUAUAUGGCUUUUUUUUUUUUUUUGGUCUGGCCUCUUUCAUUUAGCUUAAUGUUUUCAAGGUUCAUCUAUGUUGUAUCACGUAUCAGUACUUUAUUUUUUGUGUGGCACAUCAUAUGGAUAUACCACAAUUUGUUUAUCUUUUCAUUAAUUAUGGGCAUUUGGCUUAUUUCUACUUUUUUGGCUAUUAUAAAUAAUGCUGCUGUGAACAUUUGUGUGCAAGUUUUUGUGUUUCAAUUCUCAUGGGUAUAUACCUAAAAGUGGAAUUUCUGGGAGUAACCAUAUAUUUGAGUUGCAAAUGGAAAAUGCUUGAAAAAAAUGCCACAGAAUUCAGCUAAUCAUAUUUAUUACUCUAAUUCAUAAAUGAUUCCUCUAUAACUGUCUCUCUGAAUGACAGUUAAAACUCCCUACAGAAGUGUGAACAUUACAGAAAUUUUCUCACAAGUCUGAAGAUCUAGAUCUGAAAAGCAUCAGUCAACGUGGUGACUGAUAGUGGUUUCUGUUUUAAACCCAUCAUUAUUUAUUGCAAUUUUCUUGAUUAAGCAUUUUCUCCCAGGUAAAAUAAAUGAUUUAUAGAUAGAUAUAUAAUAAUCUUUGGAUUAAAAAGUUUUUUUAAGCAGAGAAUUAUUAUUCUAGUAGUAAAUAAAUUUACAUAACUACACAAAACCAGUAUACCAGUAUCUCUCUUAUCUUAAAGGAUAUUGACAAUGCUUUAGCAUGUAGUAAGUGCUCAGUUUUUAUGUGUUGAAUGUUGAAUUAAAAGUAGUAAUGAGUAGAGUUUUAAAGUUUUUUAAUUUAUUUUUUCAAAUUAUGAGAGUACUUUUUAUUUUAAAAUGUUUUCUUUAAAUUCAACCAGGUUCUUGGAUAGCCGGAAUAGUUUUGAAGUACUAUAGAUCCCAUAAAGAAGAUGUUUAUCUUCCCUAAAAGAAAAACCACAAAUUGCUUAUGUUACAAAAAAAAAAAAAAGAAGAA